UCCAUCCUCUCUCUGUGUAUAGGCUGCUAUGUCUCUGCAGGAGGACAGCAGCAGGGUCCUGGUCCUCAAUGUCUCCACAGCUGGAGAGCAGCAUCACCAGUACAACAUCUGGCUCCCUGGUAUCUCCAUCGUUGCUGUCUAUGGGAUCAUCAUCAUCGUGGGUCUGGUGGGAAAUGUCACGUUGGUGAGGACGUGUCUGCUGGUGAAGUCCAUGAGGACGGUGCCCAACCUGUUCCUGUCCUCUCUGGCUGUGGGCGACUCGCUGCUGCUGCUGACCUGCGCUCCGGUGGACGCCAGCAGGUACCUGGUGGACCAGUGGCUCUUCGGCCGCGUUGGAUGCAAACUGAUCCCCUUCAUCCAGCUCACCUCGGUGGGAGUCUCCGUGUUCACCCUCACUGCUCUCUCCGCUGACAGGUACAGAGCGAUAGUCAGACCUCUGGACAUCCACAGGUCAAGCGCUACACUCAGUGUCUGUUGUCGAGCGGGUGCCAUCUGGCUGCUCUCUGUGACUCUGGCGAUUCCUGAGGCCGUCUUCUCCGACCUGCACACCUUCACCACCAGCCACACCAAUGAGACCUUUGUGACCUGUGCGCCCUACCCCCACGCCGGGGAUCUGCACCCGAAAAUCCACUCCACCGCCUCCUUCCUCAUCUUCUACAUCAUCCCGCUCUUCAUCAUAUCUGUUUACUACUGCUUCAUCGCUCGCAGUCUGAUCAGGAGCUCUGUGGACAUCCCUGCUGAAGGACACCUGCACCUCCAGAAACAGAUCAAGUCCAGAAAGCGUCUGGCCAAAACAGUGCUAGUGUUUGUCAGCUUGUUUGCCGUCUGCUGGCUGCCCAGUCAUGUGAUCUACCUGUACCGCUCCUACCACUACGACCAGGUGGACACCUCGCUGGGCCACUUCAUCGCCAGCGUGUGCGCUCGUGUUUUGGCCUUCACCAACUCCUGUGUGAACCCAUUCGCCCUCUACCUGAUGAGCAAAAGCUUCAGCAAACACUUCAACAAGCAGCUCCUGUGCUGCACUUCUCCCAGACGCUUGUACAGUCAGAGCAGUGGGAGCACAAAUGUAACCACCGUCUGAAAACAUCUGUGUUUUCAUAAACUUCAUAACAACCUGUGCUUCAGCAGGACAGGAGGUAUGUUGAUCGUCUUCUUACCUCUGAUUUAGCCAACUUCAGUGUGAUGAAUGAACACAGUUACAAUCAUUUGGCCUUGUCAAGUCAUUUCUUAUUCAUUUUAAUUUUCACUUCUCAUUUACCUUUUUUUUUUACAAAACACCUAGAAAUAAUGUAAAGUGUUUAGCUGUCAACUAUCCAGUGGAAUCCACAGAAAUAUGUAGCCGUUCUCACUCCCAGGGCGUCAAAUACCGACGCUUUGUCACAGCCGUCGGCCUCCAAUACUUCGAUGGGUCCAACAAACAUAAGGCUUGAUCCAGGAGUCCACUGUUCGUGUUCCAUGUGUUUCACUUUCACGUUACAAUCCGCUGUUCGUUCAUGUCCUGUGUUCACGUCAAGUCACAUUUUUACUGCACAAACAUAGUCAUUUUAAGCUCAUCCAUGAUGUUUUUUCCUAAACCUAACUAAGUGGUUUUGUUGCCUAAAGCUAAGCAAGUGUUUUUGUUUAAUUCAAAAUGAUAAGCAUGUGUUUAGUGCGAAGGACAAAGUGACGCAGAGGGGUCUGACAAAGCAUCAGUAUGGGACGAAUUGGGAUGAGAACGCGUUGCAAUAAGAGGUGAUUCUUUGAUAGUUGGUAAGUUUUCUCUGUUUGUAUCUCUGAUGAAAAUGAAACUCAAUAUGAUCGUGUAAAAAAAAGAUAGAUUCGAUCAAUCAUUUAUAGUGGAAACCAUGCAUGAAAGGCCAGACAUCAGCUUUAUUGUGCUUGUUUCUAUCUGCACAGUGCCAUUAUUAAAAAAGAUGACGACUGCUGGAGAUAAAGCAGAAGGUCCCUCUGACAUUUGAGGGAUCAAUGGUUGUAAAAUAUUCUGAACAUCCGCUGCUCUGUAUAGUAGAGAAGUUUUAUUGGCCACUCACAACUGUUUGUCAAAUGUUAGGUUACUAGAAUUGUCAAAUGCCAUUGUGUAGAGAUGUUUUUGUUACAUUUUAUGUGUUAGUUAAUGGUGUGUUGGUUGGCUGUAGCCCCCUCUGUAUAGUGAAAUUUCAACAGCCAUUUGUUAUUUUUAUUUUUUUUAAUUUAGCUUUAUGUUGAUGUGUAAUACUGUACAUGAACUUAAAGUAACCAGGUGACAAUACUAACAUGCUGAUAUCGAUGAGUCUUGUUUCUUGAUAAAUUACUUGUAAUAUAUUGGUGAUAAAAGUUUAACAGUGUAGUUACAUCGUGUGACAAUUAUAUAUAUAUAUAUAAUCAUGUGUA